AUGGAGGGACUACCCAUCGACAUGUCGCAUCCAAUGGUGCGAGAAUAUCUCUCCCUCGUCAGGCUUCAAGUUCUAACACCACUCUCACUGUUGAUCAAUAUCGCCACUGUAAUAGUGUGCUCAGUCGUCGUCGAUCCUUCUAUAGGCACGUAUUUGCACAGAAAUAGAAAAAUAUCCAAGCUGUAUCUUACAGUCAUCUCACCAACACCAGCUGCGAUAGCGGUGUACGUCAUCGCGAUAUUUGCAGCUCAGAUUGGGUAUUGCGUACUCCUCGUACUCGCUGGGAAACCACAGACGAAAAAGACUUUGAUCAAAGGCUCCGGAUUCUCUCUUGUUUUGUCUAAUUGGGUCAUGGCAUUGUGGGCCAUAGCAUGGAUUCUUAAAUGGUUUUUAGUGUCGACAAUCCUUCAGGGCAUCCUUCUACUACUGUUGCUGUAUUCCAACGUUGUUCUUCUGAUCUACCAUCCACCCACGGCUAAACGCCCAUUCGACACGAUGCUCAUUCAUGCGCCGAUGCGAUUCUUUCUCGUUCUACAAAUUGGGUUGAUGUUUCCCCUUAGUCUGUUCGUAACGCUGGGGCUCGUACAAACUCCGACUGCGCCAGGACCCCCGAUCGACCCCAACGCGUACCAAUGGGCCGGGUUUGGAGUAGUUUUUGGAACAAACGUUCUAGGCUUCUUGGUUGUCGUGCUUCGCCGCGACAUAGUGUGGUGUGUCGCAGCAACGUGGAUAUGCAUUAGUAUCUGGUCUUUACGACCUAAACCCGCACCUGUUUAUAUAACUGCCAUCUUGUUCACGGCAUUUCACCCUCUUGGACUCGUAGCUUCUAUGAUCUAUUCUCAGGUCUACAAGCCUUCCCGAAUUUCACUGCCGGGCGACGAACACCCUGGGCUACAUCCCAACAGGAGCGGCGGCAAUCAAAGUCGCCGGGAAGAUCGAGCAGCACGAGAAGUUGACGAGGAGGCGGUUUGGGGCUAG